AUGACUUUUGUUGCACAGCCACUAGUAAUCAUAGUAGGUGGACCGGCAGGUACCGGCAAGACCACAACAGCCCGUCUUCUUGCAGAACACUACGACUGCCCUUUCCUUGAAGGAGAUGAUUUUCAUCCCCAGGCAAAUUUAGAGAAAAUGGCUCGUGGUGAGCCAUUGACGGAUGAUGACAGAUGGGAUUGGCUAAAAACAGUCAGUGAACAUGCCUCUCAAGUUGCCCAGGAUGUUAAGAACCCAAGUCAUAUUUGUAUUGCGUCAUGUUCAAUGCUUAAAAAAGUAUACCGUGAUUACAUCAAAAGUUGUGCCGAUGGGCUGAGGCUUCGUUUCGUGUUCUUGCACACCUCUAUCGAGAAAUUGGCUGCAAGGGUUGCUGCCAGACAAGGGCAUUUCAUGAAACUGGACAUGGUACAGCUGCAAUAUGACAUUAUGGAAGUUCCUGGAGAUGCAGAGUUGUUGGUCAAUGGUGGCGAUGCGCUUGCAGUAGAAAUGAGUGAUAUGACACCCGCCGAGGUCGAGAGCUACAUUGUCGGAAGACUAUCGUUAAAUUAA